AUUGGUUUGAAGCAUGGAAGUAAAAGCUGCCUAUAAAAUCCAGGUAAAUACCUGAUACUGGCAGGUUGGAGCAGAGAAAGAGGAAACCGAGGUGCCAAAGGAACAAGACAUCAUGGUGUCAUCCAAGCCAACAAGCCAUGCUGGAGUAUAUGAAACCACACCCAACCCUUACUACCCACCAAGCAGCUUUACAGCUCCUGGAUCUCAACAGCCUCCGGGUUCAAUCAACUUAGAAAACCAAGCUCAGGGUGCUCAGAGUGCUCAGCCCUACUUCAUCACAUCUCCAGGAACCUCUGCUGUCAGUCAACCAGGUCAAGGAAAUAUACAAAUGAUAAAUCCAAGCGUGGGAAGAGCAGUAAUAAACUUUAAAGAAGAAGCAAAGGUACUAGGGGUAAUCCAGAUCAUGGUUGGAUUGAUGCACCUUGGUUUUGGAAUUAUUUUGUGUCUAAUAGUAUCCCCUUAUGGAAGAGUACUCGGUUUUGCCUCUGCUGUUACUAGUGGAUACCCAUUCUGGGGUGGCCUUUCUUUCAUUAUCUCAGGCUCUCUCUCUGUGUCAGCAUCCAAGGAGCUUUCCCCUUGUCUGGUGAAAGGCAGCCUGGGAAUGAACAUUGUUAGUUCUAUCUUUGCCUUCAUUGGAGUGAUUCUGCUGGUGGUGGAUAUGUGCAUCCAUGGGCCUUACCAACGGGUCUAUUCUAGACAAGGCAUUUCAGCCAUGCUGAUGAUCUUCUCCCUCUUGGAGGUCUGCACAGCUUGUGUCACAGCUUAUUUUGCCAACCAAGCAGACACCACGACCAACAUGCCUGUCCUGGUUAUUCCAAAUAUGUAUGAAAACAACCCUGUGACACCAGCGUCUUCUUCAGUGCCUCCCAAAUGCAACAACUACUCUAACUAAUGUCCCUAGACAUUAAAAGAAAAAGGGGGAUCAGUCUAAUCCCAUGGAGAAAAAUUGCUUGCAAAAAGUUCUUAAGAAGAUGUCUUUUAUUGCCCACAAUGAUUUCUAGUCUUUAAAAACUGUGUUUGAGAUUUGUUUUCAGGUUGGUCGCUAAUGACGGCUUUAUCUCCCUUCACUGUCUCUUCCUACAUUACCACUACUACAUGCUGGCAAAGGUGAAGGAUUGGAGGACUGAAAAAUGAUUCCGCACUCUCUUAAAGUUAGAAAUGUUUCUGUUCAUAUUACUUUUUCCUUAAUAAAAUGUCAUUCGAAACAAAA